AUUAUCUCAUAGCAUAACUAUUGAGGAGGCAUGGGAAGUAGAAAAUCAUAGUAAGGAACAUUAUAUUAAAUUUUUAUUCUUAUUGGUGUUAAAUAAUAAAAUAAUGAACAUUUACUUCUUCUUGGACACACCCACAGUACGACCGCGACGACCAGUGGUUUUAGUGUGUUGACCACGUACACGGAGACCCCAGUAGUGUCUCAUACCUCUGUGAGCGCGGAUUUUCUUCAUGCGUUCCAAAUCUUCACGCAGUUUUGAGUCAAGACUAGAGGUCACCUGACUGUAUUUUCCAUCAAUGAUAUCCUUUUGCCUAUUCAAGAACCAGUCAGGGAUUUUGUACUGGCGAGGAUUGGACAUUAUAGUUAUGAUUUUUUCGACUUCUUCAUCAGAGCAUUCUCCUGCGCGUUUGUCCAAGUUUACAUCUGCCUUUUUCAAGACAAUAUUGGCAUAUCGUCUACCCACACCCUUGAUGGCCGUUAAGGCGAACAUCACCUUUCUUUUGCCAUCGAUGUUCGUACCCAGGAUACGAAGAAUGUGUUGGAAUUUUUCAGCAGGAAGUACAGCGGGGAUCACAAGCAGCGACAAAGUGGUACAAGACAUAUUGAACACCUUCACAGACCUCAGACAUUACUCAAGAGAAAUUGAAAAUGAACUGAAAACCACAGAAAACCAGUCGAUAAAAGUGUAUAUGAAAGAAAGUGAAAACAUAGCAAGUCUGCACAAUCAGAUAUCUGCCUGUGAUCAAAUUUUGGAACGAAUGGAAAACAUGUUACUAGAUUUCCAGAAUGAUCUUGGUAGCAUAAGUUCUGAAAUACUCACUCUGCAACGUAAAUCUAUAUCAAUGAGUCAAGAGUUGACAAAUAGGCAAGCAAUAAGAGGCCAAUUGAGUCAAUUCAUAGAUGAUAUUUCAGUUCCUGAGACACUCAUAGAGGGAAUUAUGGACCUAACUGUUACUGAUAAAGAAUUUUUGACACAACUACAGAUUCUGAACCAUAAAAUAAGUUUCUUGAAAGAGCAGAGCUUCAAAGACACCAAGUCCUGCCAUGAUGUGAAAGACAUUCUUGAAAAACUGAGAAAUAAGGCAAUGUCAAAAAUUAGAAAUUACUUGUUAGAGCAAAUAUCCAAAUUUCGCAAACCUAUGACAAAUUACCAAAUCCCCCAAAAUAACUUAUUGAAACAUAAAGGUCACUACCAAUUCUUACUCUCAAAUGAAAGGAACAUUGCUGAGGAAAUUGCUAAUGAAUAUAUAGACACCAUGAGCAAAAUAUAUUUUUCAUACUUCAAAUCAUAUGAAAGCAGAGUCAUGAAAUUGCAAUUUGAGGAAUGCACUAACAUGGAUGAUUUGAUGGGUAUUGAAGAUACAGGUACAAGAGGCAUCUUCAAUAAAUCAUUCAAGCAUAAAGCCACUGUUUUCACUAUUGGAAAUAGGGGGGAUGUCUUAGCUCAGCAGUUAGAAGCUCCAAUCAUUGUCCCACAUGCUGAAACCAGGAACAGGUAUCCAUUUGAGGAUUUGUUUCGUAGUAUUCAAUAUGCUUUAGUUGAUAAUGCCUGUAGGGAAUACCUCUUUAUAAGUGAAUAUUUCAUGGCAAAAAAUCAAGCUGCACUGGAUUUAUUCAACAAAAUUAUGGAAAAAACUUUGACCCUCCUUCAGAAAAAUCUAAGGACUUACAUGUCUUCCUGCUUUGAUUCCAUAGCAGUCUUCUUAUGUUUCCAUCUAGUUUUGAGGUACAAAAUAAUGUGUCAUAAAAGAUGUGUCCCAGCCUUAGAUGAGCACUGGGAAAUGUUGGAAAAUAUUUUACUCCCAAGAUUCCAAUAUAUUGUUCAACUGAAUAUCAAAAGUAUCAGAGACUGUGAUGUAACAAAGUUUAAUCUGGAAUUGGGACCUCAUUAUAUUGCUAGAAGGUAUGCAGAAUUCAGUGCUGCCCUAGUAGGAAUAAGUGAAAAUUUCCCAAAUGAACUAGUCAGUAAAUUGUUGGCAGAACUCCAGGAGGAAGUAGAAAUGUUCAUUUUCAGAAUGGCAGGAGCAUUUAUAGAACGCAAAGAUCAACUGAUAUUCCUGAUAAAUAACUAUGAUAUGAUAUUGAGCAUAAUCAUGGAAAGGACUAGAGACAAUUCCAAGGAGGCAGAAGUAUUUAAAUCAAGAUUAGCUGCUAAAAGUGGAGAAUAUGCAGAGCAGAUAUUGUUUCCUCAUUUUGGGGAAAUGAUCCAGUAUGUCAAAGAAUGUGAACAUUACUUUGAGCACAGCAAAAUAAAAGAACUGAAAGCAAUGGAACCCAAAUCUAUUGAAAUUGUUCAAAAUUUCACAAACAAUUGGAAAAAAUCCCUUGAAGAUUUGAACAGAGAAGUGUUGAUUUCAUUUCCUAACUUAGUUACUGGUUCCAGCUUACUUCAGUUAGCUCUUACUCAACUUGUGCAGUAUUACCAUCGAUUUCACAAGCUUCUGAGUCCCCAAAUUAGGGCACAGUUAGUUAAUAUUCACCUAAUAAUGGUAGAAAUGAAGAAAUACAAAACAUCUUUCUGAGAAGGAAUCUUUAUACAUGAUGAUUUAUACCAAAUUGAGUACUUAAAGCCUUUUUUAUAAUAUUGAGAUUAUUAAUUUAAUAUAUUAUUAUUUAUUAUAUCAUAAAUUUACCUGUU